ACGAAAAGAAAAACAGUAAACAAAUAUUUAUCUAGUUGCUCAACUGAUUGUUUGUCGCUUUCAGCCGUAUCGGUCAAUUCUGUACACAUUUACCGCUUUAACAAAAUUAAUUCACGUAAAAAUUAUCUGCGAAAUCGCUAUUGGAAACGGACCGCACGUGAAUAUUUGGCAUUGCCCAUUGAGCCGAACGUUCUCAGCCGGCCAGCGCAUACCCGCCGUGCUGCGAGUACAACAUAUUUCUUACAUAUAUGUACAUAUGUAUGUAAGUAUUUCAAACGCCGGGAGCAUAUACGGAUAAGAGAGUAUGCGAACGUGUUUAUGAAUAAGCAUCAUUUUGCAUUGGUACAUACCGAAAAUAAGGUGAUUCGUCUGCGUAGCGUCUCACGCUCAAGAGUUCGCUAGUGACGACGUGGUUGUUGCGCCACUUUCCGGAGAGUGUAAUACAUACCUACUACAUACAUACGUGCAUUUUGAGUGCUGAGAGCUAGCUGUACGCAAUACAAAUCGUAAAGAGCACAGUUAUUUAAACUAAACAAUAAAGUCAGUAUUCGCAAAUCAACAGCAGCCGUAAAGCUUUCGCACAUAAACAGUUGCAAAAAUGGGUUACGAUGAGGUGCUUGUGCCCCUGGGAGAUUUCGGCAAAUAUCAACGUCUUAUUUUCUUUUUACUCUGUCUUACAGCUAUCUCUUGUGCCUUUCAUAAAAUGUCGCGCACAUUUAUUUUUGCCAAACCGAACUUCCGUUGUCAACUUCCUUUUGAGCACGAAGCGAAUGACACUCAUCUUAACGCCAGCAAAACGAACGAUUUCAAAUUGUCGGCUCACCUGUGGCAUUUGGUUUAUCCCGCAGAUACAGCUGAUCCGAAAAUAGGACGUUAUGAGGCUUGUAGCUACUUUAAUAUUGAAGAAAAAUACUAUGAGUUGUUGGGUGGCAGUAUGACGGCAUAUAAUGACAGCAGCUCGCUGCUGCUUCAAAACAUUACAUUGAGUAAUGAAACGAUGCCUUGUAACGGCUAUAUUUAUGAUCGGUCCAAGAUUAGCAACAGCGCCGUUACAGAAUGGAAUAUGAUUUGCGAUCACAGUUUCUUGGUAGCCACUAGCGAUGCGAUAUUUAUGUUUGGCGUUUUGGUUGGUAGUAUUGGCUUCGGCCAGUUAUCGGAUAAGUGUGGCCGAAAGCCGGUCUUCUUUGUUUCGCUGCUGAUUCAGGUGUCGUUUGGCAUACUGGCCGGUAUUGCACCAGAUUAUCUUACCUAUAUAAUCGUACGCUUUAUAAUUGGCGCCACAACUUCGGGAGUGUUCCUCGUUGCUUAUGUCAUUGCUAUGGAGAUGGUGGGUCCGAAGAAACGUUUAUAUGCCGGCAUAUUCUUGAUGAUGUUCUUCUCCGUGGGUUUUAUGCUUACAGCGGUAUUUGCCUACUUCAUAAAUGAAUGGCGCACAUUACAAAUAGCCAUUUCAUUACCGGGUCUUUUAUUUCUCGGCUAUUAUUGGAUAAUACCAGAGUCUGCUCGUUGGCUAAUUUCGAAUAAUCGUAAAGAAGCCGCGAUAGCCAACAUUCAGAAAGCCGCUCGUUUCAACAAAGUGCACUUAGACGCGGCUGAAAUUAAUCGAUUACUAAGCGAUGAGGAAAACGUCGAAAACUUGAAAACCAAAGAAACGCAAGAGAACACUACUGUGACAUCUAACAGAGCAGUAUCCGUUUUCGAUCUACUACGUUAUCCGAAUUUACGUCGAAAAACGUUGUUAAUUUUUUUCGAUUGGUUUGUGAAUAGCGGUACUUAUUACGGACUUUCGUGGAACACAAACGCUUUGGGUGACAAUAUGUUGCUGAAUUUUGUAAUUUCCGGCGCAGUUGAGAUUCCAGCCUUCACUUUCUUGCUUUUCACACUCAAUCGUUGGGGACGACGCACCAUUCUCUGCGGCUGUAUGUUAGUUGCCGGAUCCGCGCUGCUGCUCACCAUUGUCGUGCCGGAAGAAUUGAAUUGGCUGAUAAUUGUGCUGGCAAUGAUGGGCAAACUCGCUAUCACCGCUUCUUAUGGCACCGUUUACAUUUUCUCAGCUGAGCAAUUCCCCACGGUAGUGAGAAAUGUGGGCUUAGGCGCGUCUUCGAUGAUGGCACGUAUUGGCGGUAUUUUAGCGCCCUUCAUCAAUAUGCUGAGCAAUGUAUGGCGUCCGUUGCCGCUCAUUAUUUUCGGAAGCGCUGCAUUCAUCGGUGGACUACUGUCGUUGCUGCUGCCUGAGACACACAACAAGCCGACGCUGGAGACUAUAGAGGAGGGUGAAAAUUUCGGUAGAAAGGUAGAUACGAGGAUCGAGCGAUCUAAUAAAGACAUAUUUAUUGUGGAUAACAUGGAAAAUGUGCCUUUGAACAGUAAUGGAAAUCAUCCUGACAAAAUACAAAUUAAAAAUAUGACUAGUUGAAAAGUUAAAGUUGUAUCACCAAGUUUUAGUUUAAACAAUUUGAUUUCAUUUUGCGCUCAGCUGUGCAGAUAUGUAAAAACCCAAGUACUUACAAUAACAUUUUCGUAAACGUUUCGAUUUAAUUUAAAUAUACGUAUGUUCUUUUCAUAUAUUAAUUUGGAAACCAUUAUGGCUUACAAUAUAUGCAAAAUUUCAACACUUAUACGUUCUGGUUCGGCUAUUUAAAUAAUUUAACUAAACUUCCGGGGAUUUCAACAAAAUAUGUUAUAUAUGUAUAUAUUUAUUUAGACUAUCGCACUAGUUAUCACACUUUUCACAUUUAUCAAAAAGUAUUUAAAGUAUUUCUACUGCUUUCAAAAAUUACCCAACUGCAUAACAUAUUACUUAAUUGUCGUAAGCUAGUCGUAUGUUAAACAUUUAUUAGUGCGUAUAUCUAUGUAUAUGUAUUGCGGUAUACUCUGUCUACUUAAAUAUUACCAAAUUGUGAUGAGUUAUAAUUACGAAUUCUACAAACUAGCAACAAUAAUAUAUUUUAUUUUAUUAAUUAUUAUUUUAAAUGGACAAAUUAUAUAGUGUAUGUACUAUAUAAAUGAAAAAAACGAUAAAUAUAUAUACAUAUAAAUAAAUAUUUCUUAGAUCUCAAAAA